CUUCUGAAGAGCUGACAAUUGCUGGAAUGACAUUUACAACUUUUGAUCUAGGAGGACAUGCUCAAGCUCGCAGGGUUUGGAAAAACUAUCUGCCUGCCAUCAACGGCAUUGUCUUUCUAGUGGACUGUGCGGAUCAUGAAAGAUUGGCUGAAGCUAAGCAAGAACUUGAUGCAUUAAUGACAGAUGAAACUAUUGCUAACGUGCCUAUCCUAAUUCUUGGCAACAAGAUUGACAGACCAGAAGCCAUCAGUGAAGAGAGGUUACGAGAAAUGUUUGGUUUGUAUGGCCAGACAACAGGAAAG